AUUUCUGGUGGAAAAGAGUGGUAAGAACGAACAUGAAGUAGCUUGUUUUAUUAAAGGCCCUGCAACUGCUCUGGAGAAUCUGAAGUGUAAGAUAGUCAAUGACAGUAGUUCCUUGGUGGUGGAUGAUUCUGAAGAGCUGGUCAGCAAUGUCAUCAGUAUUGAAUGCUCUGAUUAUAAGAAAACAAUCCCUCUCCCUAUCAACAUUGCAAUCCCAUUUACUUCAUGCUUCAGAGGAAAUUAUCGAGAGAUUAUGGUGAAGGUGACUGAUGUGAACUUACAAUCAAAUUACUUAACUCCUAUUUGUUUGGAGGGAUACCAAGGAAACCAUAAGGAAACCUUUGCCGAAGUGAAAAUUUAUCAGCUAGGUGUUUUUUCUGUGUUGUCAUGCUUAAAGAAAGAAACAUUUACUGUUCCAAAAGUAGGACUCUUACAAAAGCUGAGCGUGGAUUCUAGAAUCUCUUUCUAUUACCCUCCAGAAACGUUCAGUUCUCCAGCAGCCAUGCAGUUAAAGGUUCAACCCAUUGAACCAUCAUUGGUUUCCACAUUGAAAGCAAGACACGAUAUGUACCACUCAGUGGUAUCUACUAGUGCACUGGUUUAUGUUCAGCAUCCUUCAGCCCAACUGUUUAACAGCUCAGUCACUAUUACUUUACCCUGUCCUCCAAAUCCAGAAAAAAAACGACAAGGACAGGAGACAGAACAUGUGAGAGCCAUUAGUGCUACAAUAAAGAGGGUUGCUAUGGCAUACCAUCCUUGGGCUGUGAGUGCUUCUGUGAGAAAAAAUGGGGAGAAUCCCAGUGAUUCUUUGAAAUUAUUGGGUCACAGAAACAAAGAAGAGGGAUGGAAAGUAUUUGAUGAUGUUAUCAUCCAGAAUGCACGGAAUGGGCUUGUAUCAUUUGAAAUAAAUGAACAUUUAGAAAGCUUUGUUGUCGUUCGCCUUUCAUUCCUCUUGGAAAAUGUAUAUCUUCUCCUCUUCGCUCAGGCUCUGGAAGAAGCUGUUUGUAGCACAAUGGCUAAUGUCAUACUGUAUAGGAAAAGAGAAAACCCAUAUAAAAUACUAGUUUUGCUAUCUCCAUCCAAAGAAUUGACCUGUGAACUUCAAAGUCUCCAUGAGGAGGGCUACUUUGGUCCCCCAGAACCUACACAGCAGUUCCCAUUAAGAGAAGGAGAGCAGAUCCAUUUUAGAUUUAGAGGCAAUAUUUGUGCUUCAGAGAAUGGAAAAGAUUUUGGAAAAGCAUACAGGCUGAUUUUUCAUUCACAAAGAAAACCCAGGCUGGAGCUUGAAAUUAAAGAAGUGGAUGAAUUUGGUAACCACAGCUCACCUCAUUACAAAGGAACAGCAGUUUUUUAUAAAAUUACCAGAGAGAUGAUAACCAAGGAAUUGGAACAACGCUUGCCAUAUGGUGACUACCAACACCAGUCUCCACUGUGUAAACUAGCACUAACAUUACCAAAGCAUGAAAAGUUGAUCAACCGUCCACGAAGCACAAAAAGAAUUUCUUCUGAUUCAUCGGAAGCCCUGUGGGACAACUUGUUAUAUUGGCUUGCAGAAGAACUUGCAGAAGAUAAUACAUCAUUGCUUGCUUUACGCUUACCUGUUCGGCAGAGCGUACUUCAGCUUGUUAGGCUGAAGUGCCCUGAUGAUUUAACACAACAGAUCUAUGAGCUGCUUUGCUGCUGGAAAAAGACCCUUCCAAGGUCAGCUGAUAAACAGCAGCUCCUGUCUCGCUAUUUGCGGAAGAGUGGCAGAAGUGAUCUUUCAGAGGAACUUCGUUUUAAGUGGCAAAAUAAAGUGUUCACUUGA